AUGCGGAGCAUGACGUUCCAAGAGGGCGGGCGGUACCAGAUGCAGCCAGCACAGGACACGGCGAUGAUGGGGUCAAGGGCUACAGACGUACCGAUGGCUGCAGCAGGUCGGCAGGACGCCACGUCAGCUCCGCAGAUCUCUGCUGCUCAGUUUGCAGCCAGUACAGGCGGUUUGUCGAUGGAUACGGCGCUUCUCGCGCGUGUGAGCGGCACGGACCCGUCGCUCAUUGGCUCGGAAGAUAUCAAGCAGAUCAUGCGCACGCCCGACUUGCUGUCGAUAUACCAGAAGCUGCAAGAAGAAGACGAUCGGAGACAGCGGCGCUUGGAACGCAAUCGCGCGUCGGCACGAGUGCGACGUGAGAAGAAGAAGGGCAUGGUGGAGACGUACGAGGGAGAGGUGUCGAAGCUGGAGAGCGCUUUGAAUGUGCUCCAGAAGCACGAGUUUGGGACUGGAAACGCACGAGAACUGGCAACAGCUUUGGAGUAUAGCUCAGGAGAACAUCUGCGCAACGCACUGCUGUGUAAAGAUGCCAAGAUGGAGCUGAUGGCACGCAUUCUUGGCCAGCACUCGAGAAAUACAGACGCGAUCCGCCGUGCCAAUGCAGAGAAUCAAGCCUUGAUUGCAGUGGCGUCGAACAACUCGGAGCUGUUCUUGUCCUUGCGAAAGCAACUGGGUCUUACAGAUACGCAGUGUCAGCAAAUUGCGAGCUUGGCGAUUCCGGCCAGCGAAGAAGCACGCAAGCUGGAUGCGAUUCUCAAGUGUUUCUCCGCACUGCGAGCGCACGACUGGCUUUACGUGCCCGGCAUUGAGACCAUCCUGCAUCAAUCGCGCAACACAAUGACUCCACACCAGUUUCAGAAGUUCCUGUCUUGGUCCACGGAGAACCACUCGUCGAUCGACCAGUUGCAGUUUGUACCGACAGCGUCUGCCUCAGACUCCGAGAACGACUUGACGUUUGUCUUUUCCGAGGACUAG